AUGUCGGGCUCUACAGAUAUCAGCAAUCUCUCCAUGCUCGCAUCUGCGCGGAAAGCGGCAGCAGCUGGAGAGAUACCUCAGAAAGCACACUACUCCCCACCAUGGGCGGACAUGAGCAUAAUUGGGAUAGCUGGAUCUUCGGGCUCCGGCAAGACAAGUCUGGCGGUGGAGAUCGUGCAGUCUUUGAAUCUGCCCUGGGUCAUCAUCUUGUCUAUUGACUCAUUCUACAAGUCGUUAACGCCGGAGCAAAACGCCUUGGCACAUCGAAAUGAGUACGAUCUCGACUCGCCAGAAUCAAUCGACUUUGAUCUCCUGGUGGAGAAAUUGAUAGAUCUCAAGCACGGGAAAAGAACCGACAUACCGGUAUACUCUUUCCAGCAACAUCAGAGGUUGGACAAGACCGUCUCCAUAUACUCGCCGCACGUUGUGAUCCUCGAAGGGAUUCUGGCCUUGAACGAUCCACGUGUGCUCGACCUCCUGGACAUGAAGAUCUUCGUCGAAGCAGAUCCCGAUCUCUGUCUGUCAAGGCGGAUCGUGCGUGACGUGAGAGAGCGAGGUCGAACCAUUGAAGGUGUCAUCAAACAGUGGUUCAGAUAUGUUAAGCCCGUCUUCCAGAAAUAUGUUGAUCCGCAAAGAGAGAUUGCCGACCUGAUUGUACCCCGAGGUAUGCAGAACAAAAUGGCCAUCCAAAUGAUCGUCAACCAGACUAGACAAAUCCUGAAGGAGAAGUCCAUCAAGCACAACGCAGAGUUGGAAAAGCUGGGCCAGCAAGUUGAAGAUUACACCCUCUCCGAGAACGUCAUGGUCCUUGGCGAGACACCACAAGUUGUCGGCGUGUCAACGAUCCUGCGAAACCCCAUAACUGACCAGGUCGAUUUCGUCUUCUACUUUGACAGACUGACAGCUCUUUUGAUCGAGAAAGCUCUCGACUGCCACAACUAUAUCGCCACGGACAUCACAACUGCGACAGACUGUAAAUACUCUGGUCUCAAAUCAGCCGGCAAAGUGUCUGCCGUGGUCAUUCUUCGAGGCGGAAGCUGUAUGGAGACAGGGCUCAAGCGAACAAUUCCUGAUUGCCUGACAGGUCGACUACUCAUCCAAUCCAACCUCCGUACCGGUGAACCAGAACUGCACUAUCUCAAGCUAUUCCCUGAUCUGGCGCAACACGAAACAAUCAUGCUUCUGGACCCGCAGAUGUCGAGUGGCGGAGCGGCGCUGAUGGCCGUCAAGGUUUUGGUGGACCACGGGGUCGCUGAGCAAAGAAUUGUCUUUGUGACGUGCAUGGCUGGGCGACGGGGUCUCAAGAGGCUGAUGACGGUGUUUCCCAAGAUCAAGGUGGUGGUAGCCAGGAUUGUCGAAGAUAAUGAGAAGAGGUGGAUGGAGGAGAGAUAUUUUGGCUGCUAG